AUGUGUUCAGUGAAAAAUCAUUGGUAUUUCUGCUGCUGUAUUCUUUAUGGACAUCUUCUGAUCACUGUGGCUUCUCUCAACUUGGGCAUCUAUAAAACUGAGGCAUUUGAGUCUAUCAGAGGGUCACUUCCUCAUUCGCUGUCAGUUUCAAGUGAUAGGUCCGAGGGAUUGUACCCUUUUAUUUUACAGGAACAAAGAUUCACUGUCCUGAAGAAUGGGUUGGUUUCUUGCAAGGACCUUGAUGGUGUUGGAUCAUUCGACACUACUUGUGUGCUCAACUCAGAACUACUACUGAAUUCUGAUGUAUAUGCUAUUGGUAAAGGAAACCUUGAGAUACUCCCUCAUGUCUCAAUUGUUUGCCCAAUUGAAGGAUGCACUUUAAGUUUCAAUUUAUCUGGAAACAUCAAAAUUGGCCGCAAUGCUGCUAUUGUUGCUGGUUCUAUUAAGCUAUAUGCCGACAGUCUUGCUUUGGGGCCUGAAGCUUCAAUAAAUGCAACAGCAUUGGCUGGGCCUCCACCUUCUCAGACCAGUGGGACUCCAGUUGGCUAUGAUGGAGCUGGGGGAGGCCAUGGUGGACGAGGUGCAUCCUGUGUGAAAUCUAACGACACUAAUUAUUGGGGUGGUGAUGUUUACUGUUGGACGAAUCUCCCCAAUCCAUGGUGUUAUGGCAGUAAAGGUGGCGGUACAUCUGACAGACACAAGUUUGGAGGGAAUGGUGGUGGACGAAUUUUGCUUAAUAUUACUGAUGUUUUAUCAAUAAAUGGAUCUGUGACUGCAGAAGGUGGGGAAGGAGGACUGGAGGGAGGAGGGGGAUCUGGUGGGAGUAUAGUUGUUUAUGCUAAAAAACUGAAGGGAUUUGGUAUCAUCAGUGCUGCUGGUGGCAGGGGAUGGGGCGGAGGCGGAGGAGGAAGGAUUUCGCUGAGUUGCUACAGCAAACAAGAGGAUGUAAAAGUCACUGCACGUGGUGGUUUCAGUACUGGGUGUCAGAUGAAUUCUGGAGCAGCCGGUACUUAUUUUGAUGCCUCUCUGCUGAGUUUACGGGUUGGCAACGACAACAUUACCACGGAAACCGAGACUCCUUUGCUAGAUUUUUCUACUAGUCCUCUCUGGACAAAUGUCUACGUGGAGAACAAUGCAAAAGUUUUGGUGCCUUUGCUGUGGUCGAGAGUUCAGGUUAGAGGUCAAAUCAGUCUCCUUUAUGGAAGCAGCAUCAGUUUUGGGUUAUCCGAUUAUCCAGUUUCUGAGUUCGAGCUUGUUGCUGAGGAACUUCUUAUGAGUUAUUCAGUCAUAAAGGUUUAUGGUGCUCUAAGAGUGGCAGUUAAAAUGUUACUCAUGCUGAACUCCAAAAUCGAGGUUGAUGGUGGUGGAAAUACAGUUGUUACCACUUCCAUCCUCGAAGUCAGGAAUCUUGCUGUUUUAAAGGGCAACUCUAUCAUCAGUUCAAAUGCAAAUUUGGCUCUAUACGGACAAGGACUCCUUACAUUGACGGGUCAUGGUGAUGCUAUCAAAGGGCAGCGUGUAUCCUUGUCAUUGUUCUAUAAUAUCACCGUUGGCCCAGGAUCUUUAAUUCAAGCUCCCCUGGGUGAUGACAGCAGUAUAAACAUGGUGACAAAGUCCCUCUGUGAGAGCCCCAACUGCCCAAUGGAUCUUAUUACGCCUCCAGAUGACUGUCAUGUUAACUACACUUUGACAUUCUCAUUGCAAAUAUGCCGUGUAGAGGACAUUUAUGUGAGUGGGGUACUCCAGGGGAGUAUAAUUCACAUCCACAGGUCAAGAACUGUUAUUGUGGACAGUGUUGGAGCAAUAACUGCAUCUGCGUUAGGUUGCAGUAAUGGGGUUGGUCAAGGAAACUAUUCCAAUGGAGCUGGCGGUGGGGCUGGACAUGGAGGAAGAGGGGGUUCUGGGAUUUACAAUGGAAUAUUAAGCAGAGGUGGCCAGAAAUAUGGUAGCGCAGAUCUUCCUUGUGAACUCGGAAGUGGUUCUGGGUUUCCAAAUUCUUCUUGUGGGCGAAUUUCUGGUGGUGGGAUGAUUGUUAUGGGAUCUACUCAGUGGCCCCUUAUCAAGCUUGAUGUUCAUGGAUCUGUGAGGUCUGAUGGUGAAAGUUGUGGUAAAGCAGCAAAAAACAGUAAUGGCAGUUUGACAGGGGGACUUGGUGGAGGUUCUGGAGGAACUAUUCUUCUGUUUUUGCAAUCACUUUCCCUUUCUGAGAACUCCUCUUUGUCUGUUGCUGGAGGUUAUGGUGGCCCUCUUGGUGGAGGUGGUGGUGGUGGUGGCAGAGUCCAUUUUCAUUGGUCAAAUAUAUAUGUUGGAAAUGAAUAUGUUCCACUUGCCACUGUAAAUGGCACCAUUACCAACAGUGGUGGUGCUGGGAAUGGAGAUGGUAUUCGUGGAGAAGAGGGCACUGUUACCGGGAGAAAGUGCCCUGAAGGUCUGUAUGGUACUUUCUGUACGGAAUGUCCUGUUGGCACUUUCAAGAACGUUGUAGGAUCUGAUGCAAAUCUCUGCACACCUUGUUCCUUUGAGCAACUUCCUAGUCGUGCAUUCUAUGUCUAUGUACGAGGCGGUGUAACCAAGGCACCUUGUCCCUACAAAUGCAUUUCUCAGAAGUACAGAAUGCCAAACUGCUAUACACCUUUUGAAGAGCUGAUAUAUGCUUUUGGAGGCCCCUGGCCAUUCUCACUCUUAUUAGCAUGCCUUGUCCUGCUUCUAGCUUUAGCAUUAAGCACCUUAAGGAUCAAGUUGAUUGGAUCAGGAUUUUCCUAUGUUCAUGCAAAUUCUAUUGAACACCAAAAUCAUCAUUUCCCCUACCUUCUUUCUUUAUCCGAGGUUCGUGGCACCAGAGCUGAAGAAACUCAAAGCCAUGUCCACAGAAUGUACUUUAUGGGACCUAAUACUUUCAGAGAACCUUGGCAUCUUCCUUACUCACCUCCCAAUGCAAUUACUGAGAUUGUGUAUGAGGAUGCUUUCAACAGGUUCAUUGAUGAGGUAAAUUCUGUUGCUGCAUAUGAAUGGUGGGAAGGGUCAGUACAUAGUAUACUUUCAGUGCUUGCAUAUCCAUGUGCCUGGUCCUGGAAGCAAUGGCGUAGAAGGAAUAAAGUGCAUCGUCUUCAAGAGUAUGUGAAGUCCGAAUACGAUCACUCUUGUUUACGAUCUUGCAGAUCAAGGGCUUUGUACAAAGGAAUGAAGGUGGGAGCGACACCAGACCUGAUGAUUGCUUAUAUUGAUUUUUUCCUCGGUGGAGAUGAGAAACGUAUGGACAUGGUGAAAAGCAUGCAGAAGAGGUUUCCCAUGUCUAUUUUCUUCGGAGGUGAUGGAAGCUACAUGUCACCGUAUAAUCUUCACAGUGACACGCUGUUGACAAAUCUUCUUGCCCAGCAUGUACCGGCAUCAGUCUGGAACCGUUUGGUUUCUGGAUUAAAUGCUCAACUAAGAACAGUAAGGCAUGGAUCUAUCCGUUCUACUUUGCUCCCCGUUAUUAAUUGGAUCAGAAGUCAUGCAAACCCCCAGCUUGAAUUUCAUGGUGUCAAAAUUGAGCUUGGUUGGUUCCAGGCAACUGCGAGUGGGUAUUAUCAGUUGGGCAUUUGGGUAAUAGUUGGUGACUAUUGUCUCCCUGAUCUCCAUGACUCUGAUGUACCUGAAAGUGCUGAUGAGUGCUCAAGAAAGUUUGCAACUACGUCUGAGAAAGGUCAUAGAAAAACAAAACAUGGUCCUCCAUAUACUAAAAGGAUAACUGGUGGGAUGAAUGGAGGUCUCAUAAAUGAUGUCACCUUGAAAUCAUUGGAUUUCAGAAGGGAUUUCCUUUUCCCCCUUUCACUUUUGCUGCACAACACCCGGCCCGUUGGAAGAGAGGACACUGUGCAGUUGCUGAUAUCUAUCAUGCUCCUGGCGGACCUUUUCGUUACGCUCCUAAUACUGCUUCUGUUCUAUUGGAUGUCUAUUGGGGCAUUUCUUGCGGUACUGCUUAUCCUACCUCUGUCGUUGCUUUCGCCUUUUCCAGCAGGCUUGAAUGCCUUAUUCAGUAAAGGUGCUAGGCGAGCUUCGCUUGCCCGUGUAUAUGCAUUAUGGAGUGCAUCUUCUCUGUCCAAUAUUGGUGUUGCUUUUAUCUGUACUACAAUUCAUUAUGGAGUUGCAUAUUUGAAGCCACAUCACGAGGCUUGGAGUUCCAAAGGGGAUGACAAUGAGUGGUGGCUUUUACCUACUAUCCUGCUGAUAUUCAAGGUGAUUGAGGCUCGAUUAGUGGAUUGGCAUAUAGCAAACCUAGAAAUCCGAGAUUUUUCUCUCUUCAGUCCUGAUCCAGAUACGUUUUGGGCCUACGAAUCUAUAUCUUGA